GCGCACGCCGGCCACGCCCCGCGCGCGCCGCCCGUGCAGUUCCUGCUUAAGAGACCCCGGAGUGGGGCGCUCGCCGGGAGCCAGGCCGCGUCCGCCAUAGUGCCUGGCUCGGUGGUGUCGCCGGCGCCUGGUGAGCGUCCGAGAGCGGCAGGGGGCCGAACAAAAAGGAAGCCCUUGCCGUCGCCCGGCAGUUCCCGGGCCUGUUCUCGCGGUUCGGGGCCGAAAAGCGACGGGAGCGGAAGGCGAGAGAAGGCGGAGCACACGGCGAGAGGAAGCGUCAGGGAGCCUCGGCGGCGUCGCCAGGGUCCGCCGAAGCCCCCCGGCCGCCGGCGGGGGCCCGGGGUGGUGAGGAGGCGCCUCGAGGCCCGGCGGAGGCCCGCUGCCGGCUUUGUGUCCGCGGCGGCGGCGGCGGCGGGGGGGAGGCGGAGCCGGGCGGCCUGCGGAAGGCCUCUCCUCCGCCGACCGCGCGUCUGGGCCUAGGCCGCGGCGCCCCGCGUGGCCUCGGCUGAGCGGGCGCCAGGGGCGUGUGGGGGGGCGGGGGCUGGGCCUGGGGACGCCGACGCCGGUCGUCCGGAAGCCAGGAGGAGGCGAGAGGCCGCUCGUGGACUCGGGCCCUAGGCCCGCUCCCCUCAACCUUCUCCCGGGGCCCGGGUCACCCCCGUCCACGGAGAGAGACCCACCGGGAGGUGCGGCCGCGCUAUGGACCCCUGACCCCGCGGGGUCACCCGGACUCGUAACGUGUGGACUGACCGCUACUGACUGCACCGCCCGGCCCCCUGCCCCCCGCCUCCGGCCGGCCCUUAGCAUGAGCGAGGGGCGCCCAGCCGGGUGACACUGUGCCCGUUGGCGGAUCCUCCACGGCCCCGGCCCCGCCCUCGCCCGCCUCCUUGCACAUGAAGCGCUUCUGAGUCUCGAGGGGUUCUGGAUGAUUGUCUCUGCGAACCCCGGCUUGUGGUUGGGGGGGUGCUGAGCCCGCGGCCCGCGGGCCCGCCCGCGCCUUUUGAGUGUUGUGUGUGUGUACAUUGAUUCUGCUCUUGAGUUGGUAAAUUUACGUGUAUUGAGCGUGCCCGCGUCUGCCCGCCGCGCCGCGGGCGUCCCCGGGCCACCAUGUCCUGUGUGCAUUACAAAUUCUCUUCCAAACUCAACUACGACACCGUCACCUUCGAUGGGCUGCACAUCUCCCUCUGCGACUUAAAGAAGCAGAUUAUGGGGAGAGAGAAGCUGAAGGCUGCCGACUGCGACCUGCAGAUCACCAACGCGCAGACCAAGGAAGAAUACACAGAUGAUAAUGCUCUAAUUCCUAAGAACUCAUCUGUGAUUGUUAGAAGAAUUCCUAUUGGAGGUGUUAAAUCUACAAGCAAGACAUAUGUUAUAAGUCGAACUGAACCAGUGAUGGGAACUUCAAAAGCAAUUGAUGACUCUUCUGCGUCUAUUUCUCUGGCCCAGCUUACAAAGACCGCCAAUCUGGCUGAAGCGAAUGCUUCUGAAGAAGAUAAAAUUAAAGCGAUGAUGUCGCAAUCUGGCCAUGAAUACGACCCAGUCAAUUACAUGAAGAAACCGCUUGGCCCACCACCUCCAUCUUACACCUGUUUCCGGUGCGGUAAACCUGGCCACUAUAUUAAGAACUGCCCGACGAACGGGGAUAAGAAUUUUGAGUCUGGUCCUAGGAUUAAAAAGAGCACUGGGAUUCCCAGAAGUUUUAUGAUGGAAGUGAAGGAUCCGAACAUGAAGGGCGCCAUGCUCACCAACACUGGGAAAUAUGCAAUACCCACCAUAGACGCUGGGAGACUCCUCUUUCACAAAUUGGGAACGGUGGGGCAUAAGCAAAUUGACACUUAUUUCUGGAAUCGUGGUGAUGUCUAUGGAGCAACUGCAGCACAAAUUACACAGCUAAGAGAGGCAUAUGCAAUUGGGAAGAAAGAAAAGCCACCUUUCUUACCAGAGGAGCCGUCGUCUUCCUCUGAAGAGGAUGACCCGAUUCCAGAUGAGCUGCUGUGUCUCAUUUGCAAAGAUAUCAUGACAGAUGCAGUCGUCAUCCCCUGCUGUGGGAACAGCUACUGUGAUGAAUGCAUAAGAACGGCGCUCUUGGAAUCAGAUGACCACACGUGUCCAACAUGCCAUCAGAAUGACGUCUCCCCUGACGCUUUGAUCGCCAAUAAGUUUUUACGGCAGGCUGUUAAUAACUUCAAAAAUGAAACUGGUUAUACGAAAAGACUGCGAAAGCAGUUGCCCCCACCGCCCCCUCCAAUACCACCUCCAAGACCACUCAUUCAGCGGAACCUGCAGCCUCUGAUGAGAUCGCCGAUAUCGAGACAGCAGGACCCUCUGAUGAUUCCAUCAACAUCUUCGUCAGCCCACCCUGCUCCCUCGCUGUCGUCUUUAGCUUCUAAUCAGUCUCCCUUGGCCCCCACUGUGCCUGGAAACCCACCUUCUGGCCCAACCCCUGUACCUGACAUCACUGCUACAGUCUCCAUAUCAGUCCACUCAGAAAAGGCGGACGGGCCUUUCCGGGAUUCUGAUAGUAAAAUGCUGCCAGCUGCAGCCCUCGCAGCCGAACAUUCAAAGGGAACGCCCUCAAUUGCACUCUCUGCUCUUAUGGAAGAAAAGGGUUACCAGGUGCCUGUACUUGGAACCCCAUCUCUGCUUGGACAGUCAUUAUUGCAUGGACAGUUGAUCCCUACAACUGGUCCAGUAAGAAUAAAUACUGCUCGUCCGGGCGCUGGCCGACCAGGCUGGGAACAUUCCAACAAGCUCGGCUAUCUGGUUUCCCCACCACAGCAAAUCAGGAGAGGGGAGAGGAGCUGCUACAGAAGCAUAAACCGUGGGCGACACCACAGCGAGAGGUCCCAGAGGACGCAAGGCCCAUCGCUGCCAGCGGCGCCCGUCUUCGUGCCUGUGCCGCCCCCUCCUCUGUACCCGCCUCCGCCCCACACGCUGCCCCUGCCCCCAGGUGUACCCCCACCUCAGUUUUCUCCUCAGUUUCCUCCUGGCCAGCCACCUCCUGCUGGGUACAGUGUCCCUCCCCCGGGGUUCCCGCCAGCUCCAGCCAAUCUGUCCGCACCUUGGGUAUCGUCAGGAGUGCAGACAGCUCAUUCAAACACCAUCCCAACAACACAGGCACCACCUUUGUCCAGGGAAGAGUUCUAUAGAGAGCAGCGGCGGCUGAAAGAAGAGGAAAAGAAAAAGUCCAAGCUAGAUGAGUUUACAAAUGAUUUUGCUAAGGAAUUGAUGGAAUACAAAAAGAUUCAAAAGGAGCGUAGGCGCUCAUUUUCCAGGUCCAAAUCUCCCUAUAGUGGGUCAUCAUAUUCGAGAAGUUCGUACACUUACUCUAAAUCGAGGUCUGGCUCCACGCGGUCCCGUUCGUACUCGCGGUCGUUCAGCCGCUCGCACUCCCGUUCCUACUCACGGUCUCCUCCGUACCCCCGAAGAGGCAGAGGCAAGAGCCGGAAUUACCGUUCUCGGUCCAGGUCUCAUGGGUACCACCGGUCUAGGUCACGUUCACCCCCCUAUAGACGAUACCAUUCACGAUCGAGGUCCCCUCAGGCCUUUAGGGGACAGUCUCCCAGUAAACGCGCUGCACCCCAAGGGGAACCAGAGCGUGAGUAUUUUAACAGAUACCGAGAAGUCCCACCGCCUUAUGACAUCAAGGCUUAUUACGGGAGGAGCGUUGACUUCAGAGACCCAUUUGAAAAAGAGCGCUACCGAGAAUGGGAGAGAAAAUACAGAGAAUGGUACGAAAAAUACUACAAAGGCUACGCUGCUGGAGCUCAGCCCCGACCAUCCGCCAACAGAGAGAACUUUUCUCCGGAGAGGUUUUUACCGCUGAAUGUCAGGAAUUCUCCCUUCACAAGAGGCCGCAGAGAAGAUUAUUCUGCUGGGCAGAGUCACAGGAGUCGGAACAUGGGCAGCAGCUACCCAGAAAAGCUUUCGACAAGAGACGGCCACAGCCAGAAGGAUAAUGCGAAGUCAAAAGAGAAGGACGGUGACAGCGCUGCAGGAGACGGGAAAGGAAGCAAGCAUAAGAAGCACAGGAGGAGGAGGAAGGGGGAGGAGAGCGAAGGCUUCCUAAACCCAGAGCUCCUGGAAACGGCCAGGAAAUCCAGAGAGCCUGCGAGUGGUGAAGAAAGUAAAGCAGACCCAUUGUUCGUUCUCCCAGGUAGAGACGACGCCACACCAGUUAGGGACGAACCAAUGGAUGCCGAAUCCGUCACUUUUAAAUCAGUGUCUGAAAAAGACAGGAGAGAGAAAGAUAAACCAAAAGCAAAAGGCGACAAAACCAAACGGAAAAAUGAUGGAUCGGCUGUGUCCAAAAAAGAAAAUAUUGUCAAGCCUGCUAAAGGGCCCCAAGAAAAACUAGAGGGGGAGCGUGAGAAGUCUCCUCGACCUGAACCCCCGCUGAAGAAAGCCAAAGAGGAGACGCCAAAGACUGAUGCUGCCAAGUCAUCGUCUUCCUCCCAAAAGGACGAAAAGGCCGCCAGCACGCCCCGGAAAGCACACUCCAAGUCAGCCAAAGAGCAGCCAGAGCCACGGCCACUCAAAGAGGAGAAAGCGAAGAAGGACCACUCGAAAGACGUCAAGCCAGAGAAGCCAGCUGCGAAGGACGAAAAGGCCAAGAAGCCCAGUGAGAAAAGCAAGCCGCUUGACAGCAAGGGGGAGAAAAGGAAAAGGAAAACCGAAGAAAAGGGUGUCGACAAAGAUUUUGAGUCAUCUUCACUGAAAGCCUCCAAACUAGAAGGAGGUGAGAUUGUGAAACCAUCACCGAAACGCAAAAUGGAACCUGAUGUUGAAAAGAUGGACAGGACCCCAGAAAAAGACAAAGCUUCCUCCUCAACUGCCCCGGCCAAAAAAAUCAAGCUCAACAGAGAAACCGGUAAAAAGAUUGGAAGCACGGAAAACCUGUCCAAUACAAAAGAACCCUCUGAAAAACUGGAGUCGGCGUCCAGCAGAGGGAAACAAGAAAAGGGCAAAGGGAAGGCCAGGCGGAAGGUGACUGGCUCCGAAGGACCCAGCUCCAUGCUUGUGGACUACACCAGUACGAGUUCGACUGGAGGCAGUCCUGUGAGGAAAUCUGAAGAAAAAACAGAUACAAAGCGAACUGUCAUUAAGACCUUGGAAGAAUAUAAUAACGACAACACAGCCCCUGCGGAAGAUGUCAUCAUCAUGAUCCAGGUCCCUCAGUCCAAGUGGGACAAAGAUGACUUUGAAUCCGAAGAAGAAGAAGUCAAGUCCACACAGCCCGUAUCAAGUGUAGGAAAACCUGCUAGUGUUAUAAAAAGUGUUGGCACCAAACCAUCAAAUACAGCCAAGUACCCUGAAAAAGAGAGCGAGCCGCCAGAGAAAGCUCAGAAGCUCCCCAAGGAAGCGGGCCCUGAAGUGAUGCAGCACGAGGCCAAAAGCUCCAAACCCUCUGCGUCUAGUGACAAAGGGAAAAGCCGGGACCGAGAGCAUUCUGCCUUGGAAAAGGAGAACACCGAAAAGCGGAAGGGCAGUACUCAGCCCGAAAAGGAGAGUGACGUGGACCGUCUGACCGAGCAGGGGGGUUUCAAAGGCGUGGCUCUGCCUUCCAAAGAGGCCAGGACGUCAGAGAAGCACGAUUCCAGCCGAGCUUCCUCCAGUAAAGACUUCACCCCCAACAGAGACAAGAAAACAGACUAUGACAGCAGAGAGCACUCGAGCUCCAAACGCAGAGACGAAAGGAGUGAACCGACAAGAAGAAAAGACUCUCCAUCUCGGAGUAAAGACUCUGCAUCUGGACAGAAAACUAAGCCCAGGGAGGAGAGAGAUUUGCCUAAAAAAGGACCAGGAGAGUCCAAAAAAGGUAGUUCUAGUCCCUCAAGAGACAAAAAACCUCACGACCACAAAGCCACUCACGAUGCUAAACGCUCGAGUGAAGAGACAAAACCUAUAGAUAAAAAUCCUUGUAAGGACCGUGAGAAGCAUGCGUCUGAAGCGAGGAACAGUAAGGAGUCAAGUGGCAAUAAACUACUUCACAUACUUAACCCUCCGGACCCACAGAUUGAAAAAGAGCAGGCUGCUGGGCAAGGUGACAAGAAUGCCACCAAGCCUAAACCCCAGUUAAGUCAUUCUUCUCGACUUUCGUCCGACUUAACCAGAGAAACUGAUGAAGCUGCUUUUGAACCAGACUAUAAUGAAAGUGACAGUGAGAGCAAUGUGUCUAUAAAAGAGGAAGACACUUCUGGAAAAGUUGCUAAGGAGCCGAAGGAUAAAGUGACAGAGAAAGUCAAAGAGAGCGUGGACGCAGCCGUGGGCAGCCAGGCGGGCGUCACCAGGAGCCACAGUCAGAGCAGCCCGAGUGUCAGUCCGAGCAGAAGUCACAGCCCUUCUGGAAGCCAAACCCGAAGUCACAGUAGCAGUGCCAGUUCUGCAGAAAGUCAGGACAGCAAGAAGAAGAAGAAGAAGAAGGAAAAGAAAAAGCACAAGAAGCAUAAAAAGCAUAAGAAGCAUAAGAAGCACGCAGGCCCCGAAGCAGAACUGGAGAAAAGCCAAAAACACAAACACAAGAAGAAGAAGUCGAAGAAGAACAAAGAGAAAGAAAAGGAGAAGGAGAAAGAUGACCAAAAAGCGAAAUCUGUCCCCGCGUAGGACAGAGUCUUAAAAUUGACUUAAUUACUAAGUCAUCUGUAUUAAAUUUUGUAAUAACGUAAAGAGACUCGAGCCUUGUGAAUAAUGAUAUGGAAGACCCUGUGCUGCACUUAAAAUAUUGCUGCUUGAUUAUUUGAUUUUUACAUCAGAGCUUUAUAACACGGACUUUUGUACAGAAUUUGAGCUGUGACCAUGUAACAUGAGAGGUUUUGCUAGGGCCUUUUCUUUCUAACCACCAUUAAUUAGUUGGGGUGGAGUUUACUGUACUGUGAAAUUUUCACAUUUGAAUUUUUUUAAUUGCCUGGCAAAAGCUGGUAUCAGUUCUAAAAUAUCAGCAAUGUAAUUUGCUGAAUUCAUUACAACCCCGUUAUGUCAGUUUUUGAUUACAAUAAAAGUUUUCAGUAAACUUUUCAAA